UACAGCAGGAGAUAGAAAACUGUCUGUGGGCCGGUGGAGGGGAUGAAACAAGUGGAAGGAGAUGGAGCAGACAGGCGCGCAUUAAUAACCCCACCACACGCACUACACCCCGUCGGCUCCUCUCCUUCUUCUUCCUCAGUGCGCGGCUGCAUCCUCCUCCUUUUUUUUUUUUUUGCAUAACAGGGGACGAGCGAUCACUUGCGGCGCUGCGUCGGAGCUUCAUGGCCGCGGCACUCACGAUGAGCGGCGGCGGGCAGGAGGAUCCAUUCUAUCCGCUGCAGAAGGCGACUCUGCCCGCUGGAUUCUCCCUGGAGGACUCUGAGUUGUUCGGCUUGGAUUGCAAGAUCACAGACAAGGCAGGACAGAACGACUACACUCAGGCAAAGUGUGAGAUGGACAGGUAUCUCUCCCCUCAGCCGCUUUCCCUUCCACCUCCUGCAGACGGCCAGCAGAAAUCACAGAGAGACAGUGCGUCCGUGGUGGAUCAUUUCUUCACUGACGAACACGCAGGGGCUCCCUACACCCUCAACAUGAAUCUUUACCUCCCCGACGGCGCCUACCUGAGAAUGGGCCUGUCUCAGCAGACGCGGGCCCCUCAGCACCAGAACCACACAGGUCUUACCCAAAUCAAAACAGAAUCUGCCUCCCCGUGUUUCUCUCCCAACCUGCAGCUGCACUGCCCCAGCGCAACGCCCACUAGUAGCUGCGGCACAUCUGGCCAUGGCCCCGGCAAUGUUGUCAUGGAAACCUCACCUGUAAACAUGACGCUAACAGGGUUACCAGACUUCACCAGUAUUUUCAACCAGUCGGGAGGCAGCCGUGGUGGCGACUCAGUGCCAGAAGUGUUUGUAAAACAGGAAAUGUCGUCACAGUUUGAGCAGCAGGAGCUCCACCACCAUGACAAUGGCAGCUCACUGUUUCAGCUACUAAACUCUGGCUUAGAACAUCACCAUGGCAGUGGUAUGCAGGCUCAGCAUCAUCAUCACCAUCAUCAUCAUCAGCAGCAACAGCAGCAGAUACAACACACUUCCACUUCCACAAUCCACACCCCUUUCCAUGAUAUGCCGAUAGCUUCUUCCGCAUCUCAGCAAGAGCAGACGGCCAAGCCUGCCUACUGCAGCCUGGGUGUCGGGGCAUAUACGCAUCCUCAUGCUCAGACGCACCCCCAUUUCCUCCAGCAGCAGGUGCCCUACCUUCCACCCUCUCCGCCGAGCUCGGAGCCAGGCAGCCCUGACAGGCAGAAGGAGCUGCUACACACCAUGUCCCCUCCACCCUCAUACGCAGCCACAAUCGCCUCCAAGUUGGCCGGUGGCAACCCUGCGGUCGGUCCCGGCCCAGGACCAGGCAGCUUGGCCCUGCCCCUCAGUACAGGUUCCACGCCGGUCCCAGGCCAAGCAGCGGGCCUUCCCCAAGCCCCAGUAACGACCCCAGCCCCAACCCCAGCUCAGACCACCGUGCCUGUCCGCUACAAUCGGAGGAACAACCCAGACUUGGAGAAACGACGGAUCCAUCACUGUGAUUAUCCAGGCUGCAAGAAGGUCUACACCAAGUCGUCCCAUCUGAAAGCCCACCUCAGAACUCACACGGGUGAGAAGCCGUACAGGUGCACGUGGGACAGCUGCGACUGGCGUUUCGCUCGUUCGGACGAGCUGACGCGUCAUUACCGGAAGCACACGGGCGCCAAACCCUUCCAGUGCGCCGUCUGCUCGCGCUCCUUUUCCCGCUCUGACCACCUGGCCCUGCACAUGAAGAGACACCAGAACUAGCAGCGUUUGCAACACGCUCUACAAAUACUAAAAGCACUGUCUGGACUCACGUAAAGCACUCACUCUGCGUCCCACAGAGCUUCAUUUCCUGCAAGCCGCCCGAUGCAGAGCGACUUUCACUGACACCACAGCUCCUCCUGGUGCUGCUAUCAUGUGCUAAAAUGGUACGAUAGCCGAACAAAUGUGCUUUACUCUUAACCCAGAGUGGGGUAGUUUGGAGGUUGUAUAGUAGAAAGAUAACGGCCGGAUGAAGUUCCUGGUCCCUUAACCUCCAGAGUUACUUGUUAUAGUUUUCUGUGGACAAACACAAAGAAGAAAAAUGAACAAAAAUAAAAUGGUAGCUCCAAAAAAACUGACUGGAAAGAAAGCACUUACCACUCAAAAACUGUACUUUUGUUGUCUCUGUUCUAACAUAGAACUGGCUUCAUAAUUUUUUUUUAUUAUUAUUCUUUUAUAAAAGCAAAGCUCUUGUUUGCAAAACUAGUCAAGCCAAAUCUUUUUUUUUUUUACUCCUUGGUUUGUUAGUUUGUUUAUAUAACUGGAAUAUCCAGAUUUAAUUUUUUUUUUCUUUUUUAACAAAUCCUUUGGUUUGCACUAGACUUGGUAAUCUUAAGUCUGAGCCUUUUUGGGCCCGUUCAACUCAUUCACCACUGGAGCGAUUAUUAUCACUGCUAGACUGAAGCUCUGUGAACACCACACAAAUCAUUGCUGUUCAGAUAUUAAAAAUUGAAGGCAUUUAUACUCUGGAGAGAGGGAAGAUAGUGCAGGGGGAAAAAACGAGGGAGGGGUGGAGAUGGAGAGAUAGAAAGAUUUUUGAUUUUAGAGAGAGAGAGAGAGUGGAGAGGAGCUCUGAGGACGACAGAAACAGAGGCAGGCGGAUGAUUGCUAAAGAGCAGCAAUUGACGAUGAAUUAUUCAUGUAUUUCGACGGAUUUCCAGCCAGAGAAAUGUAAGCGGGACCCUCAGAUACAUCCUAGGUUUCAUUCAGUUUAAGCAGAUUUGACCGUAUUUGAUGCACAAGUCUUCAAAAUACAUUUACUUUCAUCGCAUCUCGUCCAGGGUUUUACUUCUUUCAAAAGUUUUAACCAAAGUAUCCUCUUCAUCAUCACUGACACCUUAUUAAGUGCCUCCUUCUCUGGUUUAUGUAUGUUUGUCCAGUGGUAGCAGAGCUAUGACCAGUGUGGACAGUCCUUUUUAAAUACAUGUGGUGCUGUUUUUAUUUCCCCGGUCUACUCCAUCUCUAGAUUCAUCAUGGGGGGAAAAAAAAAAGUUUAUUUCUUUUAAAUGUUUACCCAUCAUUCGUUGUUAAUUGAACAGCUCGGUUCAGGCCGCUUCACUGACAUCCUGACAUAGCGUGGAACCUUUUAAUUACAAUGACAGACGGUCCUUUCUCUGAGGGUUCUCACUCUCUGACUCUGUACACAGCUAACUUGCAACUGGGUUAUAUCAGUCAAUCGAACACGGACGCUUGUGCUGCUAAAGGAUAAGUUCACAUUUUAUCAAGUCUCUUUAGAACAAUCCUCACACUUGCUCAUGACUGCGAGUGUUCCUGUCCAUGAAGAGAUCCCACGCUUCGAACAUUUUCAGUGCAAGUGAUGGGAGACAAAAACAACAAUGAAACAAUGAAGUAAAGAAAAAAAUGCAUUGCGAUGUUCAGCUGGAGAUAAAGCAGUAUGGGUAUCUUUCAAAGUUUUAUCGGUGCUAAAUUCCCUCUUUGUGCUUCAACGAACAAACUGUAAUGAGGAAUACCACAAAGAGGGAAUUUUACACUGAAAGGACUUUGGAUGAUACCCUUUUGAUUUUAUUAUUCUGUCAUUGUAACUUUGGUUGAACAUUUUUUCCACAGAGUGAGGAUUAUGUCUCCCAUCACCUGCACCGAAACACUUUAGUAAGAGAUCUUAUCACAGUCGGUGCCUGUAAACUGCUUACAGACACGUGGACAUGAGCGGAUUGUUUUAUGACAAUGUGGAAAAAAUGCGAAUUCCUCCUUUAUAGUACUCUUGAAUGUCCAUGUUGAGGGUGUGAUUUAGCCUGUGCCUAUAACUGUAUUUGUUCAUUCACUGCAGGUAGCAUAAAUAUAAUAUAGCACUGUAAUGUAUCAUGGUAAAUCUGACUAUUUAUUUGAUUGUGUAGAAGUGGGGUUGUAUCAGAUCAACCGUCUUUCUCCCCAGCAAAAAUGCCUUAAUGUACAUAUAUAUGCACUGUAAAUAACUUUUUUUUUUCAUUUUGUCCUCCUCCCCCCUUUUGUUAAUAUUUUGUGAACAAAAGGGCAAAAAGUGGAAAAUGCCCUGCAUCCAAAAAAAAAACACAAAAUCAUUUGAGCCUUUUUCCCCCUUUUGGUUUUUGUCUUCUUGUUAAACAUUUUGAUGUUUUAUAUGUUGUCCUUCCAACAACUUAUUUUGUAGAUUUGUUUUUCUUCCUAGAUAAACGUUCCAAAGACAAAAGUUGUUUUUCUUCAACUGAGUGAAGCCGAUCCUAAUAAAGUCAAAUGACACUUUUACAGA